AGUGUCCUACCCACAAACCAACGGCAUAAUUUCCUAUCCUUCCACCCACAUCCCAAGAUGGCGCAAAACGCCCCCGCAUCCUCAGACGGAGCUCCCGCGGGAUCAAAUGGAGACCUUGGCUCGGCUAACCACUCGGAAAUAGUUAAUCUCGCCUCUCUCUCCGUCCCACAACUCCGCGCGCUCCAAACUCGCCUCACUUCCGAACUGGAACACCUGACCACCUCGCACACCAAGCUGCGCGCCGCCCAGGCUAAGUUCCGCGAAUGUGUGCGCUCGAUCAAUGAUGGUGUGACUGGAAAUGAGAAGCAGGGUACCAAUGGCCGCAAUGAGAUCCUUGUGCCCCUCACCAGCUCGCUGUACGUCAAGGGCCGGUUGACCGAUCGUGAGAAGGUCCUAGUUGAUGUCGGAACUGGAUUCUAUGUCGAGAAGACUGCGCCCAAGGCGGUUGCAUUUUAUGAUGACAAGGUCAAGGGCCUGGAGGGAAACUUGCAAGAGUUGGAGAAAAUUGUACAGACCAAGAGCACACAAUUGCGCAUUGUGGAAGAAACCUUGAGGCAGAAGAUGCUUGCUGGAGAGGGUGCUCCCCAACCCGCUGCUGCAGGCUAA